AUAGGAAUACUACCGCUUAACACAUCAGACUGUUCAUCUAAAAUAGGUAAACAGGUUGACUCAUAACCGAGUCAGCGAGUCAGUCCGAGCCACAGACCGAUUCCAAUUCUCACGACGACUUCCCCUUUAUAAUUAAAGAGGCUUUGCAUCAUGGAAUCGGAGGAGAGAUGCUUGUAGAAAGCUAAUCGAGAGAGAGAGAGAGACAAAGGGGGCGAAAGAUGGGGAGUAUUGGAGACGAAGUGGAUUUAGAGGUGGAUGAGACGAUCUUCGUGGCGGUGGCGGAAGAUGUUGAGAGGAGCAAAACGACGGUGUUAUGGGCGGCGCGAAACUUCUCCGGCAAGAAGAUUUGCUUGCUGUACGUCCAUCGUCCUGCUCGGCCAGCCUCCUGGACACACAAGAAACUUGCUGGUGGUACCUUUAGGAAGCAUGCUGUCAAGGUGAUUGAGCGUGUUGAUAAACAAAAAGUGGAUGAGCUUAUGGACUCCUAUCUACACCUUUUAUCUGAAACUCAGGUUCAAACAGAUAAACUUUGCAUUGCGGGACAAAAUAUCGAGGAAGGUAUCGUAGACUUGAUUGCUCGACAUAAUAUUAAGUGGCUCGUAAUGGGAGCUGCAUCAGAUAAGCAUUACUCAUGGAGAAUGACGGAUUUAAAAUCCAAGAAAGCCAUAUUCGUUUGCAAAAAAGCUCCUGAUUCCUGCCAUAUCUGGUUUCUUUGUAAAGGCUACCUUAUCUUUACAAGGGCAACAAAUGACGAUGGUAAUAACAGACAAACCAUGCCUCCCCUAGUACAGCUGGAUUCAGACACUGAGACAAGGAGAUCAGAGAAACUGGAAUCCUCUUAUAUGAGGAGAAGGUUAAGAUAUUGGCGUAGCCUCCUUGAACAAGAUGGUGAAAAAGACACGGGUCAAUUGGAGAGAGAAAAGGUGGAACCAAGACCAACUACUCAUUUAUCUUCAGGUUCGAGUUCUUCCUUUGGGGAGCAGGUUGGUCCAGAGCCGGCUAGCCCUGAAGUAGUUGGCUCAGAUACCCGAACUCCCUCAAAUGUCGAGGAGAAGAAGCGUGAAGGAAAUGUAGCGCGCGAAGUUCAUAGGUAUGAUAAAGCCAUGCAUGAUAUUGGCCAAUCAGAGAGAAGUGUCUGUGGGGAAGCUCGGAAAGAAUGGAAAGAGGAUAACAGUACCAUGGAGGCUUUAUGCAAGGCGAAAGCCUUGGAGGGCUUAUGCAUUAAGGAGCAGAGUCGAAGAACGAAAUUAGAGGAAUUGCUAGAGAAAGAAAAGGGCGAAGUAAAGACAGUAAUAGAGCAGAACAGCGGAUUCAUGAAAAAACUUCAGAUAGUUCAGAGUGAUAAUCUUAAGUUGGAGAGCCAGAUAAAGAAACUGCAAGACUUGGAAAAAGAACAUGGUGAGAAGUUUGAUACGGCUAUGGAGCUCUUGAAAAGUUUCAGGCAGAGAAGGGAUGAGAUCCGUAUCGAUCACGAGAACGCGAUAAAGGAAGUAAACGCAUUGAGGAGAUUGGUAAAAGGAAAGACUAUAGCGUCUUCGGGGUCAGAAAUGCUCGACUAUUCUUUUAAGGAAAUCAGCGAAGCUACUAAUGAGUUCGAUCCGUCCUGGAAACUUGGAGAAGGCAAAUACGGAAGUUUCUACAAAGGGAAUCUUCAACAUCUUCAAGUAGCUGUAAAGAUGUUGCCUUCAUAUGGAUCCCAGAAUCACUUUGAGUUUGAGCGUCAGGUGGAGAUUUUAAGCAGAGUAAGGCAUCCAAACCUGGUAACAAUAGUGGGUACUUGUCCAGAGUCUCGGUCUCUUAUCUAUCAAUACAUUCCCAACGGGAGCCUCGAAGAUUGCUUUUCAUCUGCAAACAACGUUCCUGCGCUUCCAUGGGAGUCUCGGAUCAGGAUUGCCUCUGAGAUAUGCUCUGCACUCCUGUUUCUUCACUCAAACGUUCCUUGCAUCAUCCAUGGUAACCUAAAACCGUCAAAGAUUCUCCUCGACUCUAACCUCGUCACCAAGAUUAGCGACUACGGGAUCUCUCAGCUAAUCCCGAUCGAUGGAGUCGACAAAUCUGAUCCUCACGUUGAUCCACAUUACUUUGUCUCCGGAGAAAUGACGCUGGAGUCGGACAUAUACUCGUUUGGAAUGAUUCUCCUUCAGCUUCUCACCAGAAGACCUCUCUCUGGGGUACUGAGAGACGUCAAAUGCGCUGUGGAGAAUGAUAACAUCAGCGCGGUUCUGGAUAGUUCAGCAGGCGAUUGGCCAGUCUCGCGAGGCAAGAAGCUAGCUAAUAUAGCCAUCCGUUGCUGUAAGAAAAACCCGUUGAACCGACCAGUCUUACCCAUCGUUCUACGGGUUAUAGAUCGUAUGAAAGCCCCAGAACUUCCUUUAUCAGAAACAUCAUCGUACACGAACCAGAAAGUUCCACGCAAGCCUCCUUCUCAUUACCUAUGCCCCAUUUUUCGGGAAGUGAUGAAAGAUCCUUUGAUAGCAGCAGAUGGGUUUACUUACGAGGCGGAAGCGAUUAGGGAAUGGUUAGCGAAUGGGCACGAUACAUCGCCGAUGACGAACCUGAAGAUGGAAGAUUGCAAUCUCAUACCUAAUCAAGCUCUUCAUCUAGCUAUCCAAGAUUGGCAAAACCAAUGGUGAUUUACCUUUUUUGCCUCUUUUUGAAGGGACAAACACUAUUGCUACGUUAACUCCCAAUAAUUUUUUAGAUUGUCACUUUGUAAAUUCACUCCUCAAACGUAUGGAAAAUAUAUAAAGCCACAUUUAGAUAA